GUGAAGCAGUAAAGACAUUGUGUGGGAACUGAAGUCAACGCUGAAUCAGGCAGGAGCUGCCUUCUCGUACAAGAACUUUACAGACACGAAUAGUUUUUUUUUUUUUUGCUCCCACUGCUUCCCGGAUUUGGGGUAUGAAAACAUGGCGGUAAAAACUAGACGGCAAGCCUACAGAGAACACACCCAGCCGCACGACAGCUCUGCAGACAAGCCUAGAAGUCCAAGCGCAGCUAGCAACAGACUAACGUCAAAAAGAGGAGUCAGGGACAACAAACAACCCCCCACCAUCAACUUGAUGCAAAACAGCAAAUUUGCAGCGAGCAUCAAGAGCAAGCUGGGGCCGAGUCCGAGUGCUGUCAUUAAAAUAGCAACCACUCUGAUUAUAGCCGCUGUGGUUGGAAUUUUACAUUGGUACCAUAUUUCUAAUCUUUUUGAAAAUGACAGACAUUUUUCUCACCUUUCAAGCCUGGAAAAGGAGAUGGCUUUUCGUACAGAAAUGGGGCUUUACUAUUCAUAUUUCAAGACAAUCAUUGAAGCUCCCUCAUUUUUUAGUGGAUUACAUAUGGUGAUGAAUGACAGGUUAACAGAGUACCCUCUUGUUAUUAACACUCUGAAGAGGUUCAAUCUGUACCCUGAGGUGGUCCUAGCCAGCUGGUACAGGAUUUACACUGCAAUAAUGGGAGUCUUAGGUAUUGCAACCAAAAUGUGCUGGUCGGUCAACAGGGGAGAUGGAUUAAAACCGGUUGAAAGCUGUGAAGGUUUGGGAGACCCAGCUUACUUUUAUGUCACAUUCGUGUUUAUACUAAAUGGGUUGAUGCUGGGUUUGUUUUUUAUCUAUGGGACAUAUUUAAGCGGAAGCAGACUUGGUGGCUUGGUCACAGUGUUGUGCUUCUUUUAUAAUCAUGGUGAGAGUACCCGAGUCAUGUGGACUCCUCCCUUGCGAGAGAGUUUCUCUUACCCGUUCCUUGUGCUUCAGAUGCUGCUUUUAACAUACAUCCUCAGGAGUCCAAGACCAGGAAAAGUUGCCUUUGUUGCCCUCGGUGUUUCUAAUGUCUUUUUCAUGCUUCCUUGGCAGUUUGCCCAGUUUGUUUUACUUACUCAGAUUGCGUCCUUAUUUGCUGCACAUAUUGUGGGUUAUCUGGGCUAUGUAAAGCUACGGUCACUCUUAUAUGUCCACAUGAUUUCCCUGUUAGUUUGCUUUGUUUUGAUGUUUGGAAAUGCCAUGCUGUUAACAUCCUUUUAUGCGUCGUCGCUUGUAACAAUUUGGGGAAUCAUUGAAAAUAGAACACAAAUUUCACAAUUCUGCAAAACAGCUGUUUUGACAUGUGUUGCUCAAGGUGUUGGCUGGUUAAUAUCUACAGUUUUCUUAAAAUUUUUGACUUCAGUCAUUCUUGGAGUUAGUGAUGAUGCCCACAUAAGCAAUUUAAUAAAAUCGAAGUUUACAAGUUAUAAAGAUUUUGAUACACUGAUGUACACCUGUGCUGCUGAAUUUGACUUCAUUGAAAAAGAGACUCCUGUGAAAUAUUUAAAAACGCUGCUUCUGCCUAUUAUUCUCUGCGUGUCUGUGGUAAUUAUACAAAAGACUGUAACAGAAGUCUGGGGAAUGUUAAGAAUGAGUGAAAAGAAAGGAGAGGGCAGUGAACACACAGUUUCCCAAAAGACAGCAUAUUUUGCAAAUGGAGAGAUGGUUUACCAUGUUUUGCAGUUAAUAGCUUUUACAGUGCUUGCAGUCCUAAUCAUGAGAUUAAAGCUUUUUCUUACUCCUCAUAUGUGCAUUAUGGCAUCAUUGAUAUGUUCAAGGCAGUCUGUGCCGCUUCAUCGGGACGCCUCGGAAAAAGAGAAAAUAUCCAGACUGUUUUGGUGGAUAAAAUGGCAAUACAAUCACCAUGGGAUGGUGUUGGUGAUCAUAGUGGUCAUGUCUGUUCAAGGGCUUGCUAACCUGAGGAAUCAGUGGAGCAUCAUGGGAGAGUUCAGUAACAUCCCACAGGAGGAGCUUUUAGAGUGGAUCAAAGCCAACACCAAAUCAGAUGAUGUUUUUGCAGGUGCCAUGCCAACAAUGGCAAGUGUUAAGUUGUCAGCAGAGAGACCUGUUGUGAACCAUCCACAUUAUGAAGAUGCUGGGCUGAGAGCAAGAACAAAAUUGGUGUAUUCUAUGUACAGCCGCAAAACAGCAGAGGAAGUCAAAUGGAAUUUAAUGAAACUUCAAGUGGAUUAUUUUGUUUUAGAAGAUUCUUGGUGUACAAGACGGACCAGGCCUGGUUGUAGCAUGCCAGAGAUAUGGGAUAUUGAGGACCCUUACCAUGCUGGCAAGACCCCCAUAUGUACAUUGUUAGCUGUUAAUCCCCAACCUCAUUUUGUGAAAGUGUUUGAAAACAAUGUUUACAGUGUCUUAAAGCUUACCAAAGAUACGUAAACAAUUGUACUUUGUGACAGCUAAUAAGAUCUAAAGAUUAACACCUUCACUGUUGCAGCCCAAUGUGUAGAGGCAGACACCUCUGUUGUGAUCAUUUGGGACCAGGGUCACAAGUCCAUGUUGGUACCCAGUAUUCAGCUCUUUUUUUUUUUUUUUUAAUGUUUUAAAAUAUCAGAACUGUGUAGGAAUAUUUAGUAUGUUGAGUUAGGCGUUUUAAUCGGGGGAACUACAGUUGAGUUCAAUUAAAAAUAUUAACUGUCUCCUCUUCUAUUAUUCGUAAGUUUUUUUUUUUUUUUUUUUUUUUUUUAAGAUCUGGUCAGUGUGGCCACCAUGACUGACCCCCUUAUGGUUCAGAGUUAUUCCUUUGAAACAUGUAUAGUAAUUUUUCCAGAGGACAGAUUACGGGAAAAAAAGAAACUUGGUGCAUAACUGAGAAACUAGAAAACAAAUGUGUACACAGGGAUGACUUACUCCCCUAAUGCUUGUUUUAAUUGUGUUUUAAAACUAAUCUUUACAUAUUUUUAAUUACUAGUUUGAUUUUUAACAGUGUUUAAACCUACCAUAGGAUUGACUUAAGAACCACUUUGAUGUGCUGACAGAGAAAGCACAGUGUAAGUUAUUGAAUGUGUUUUAGUUUUUUGGGGUCAUUUCUAUUUCCAAAUAAUCUGGGAAAGCUGCCAAUUGAGAGACAACCUUUGAAAUGUCAAACAGAAGGCAACUGUGUAUCAUGUUUUUGGAUUUGUUCUUUGUUGUUUUUUUAAUGCCUUCCUUUCUAAAAUAUAGAUGUACUUAUGAUGCCCCAGAAUUAAACAUUAACUAGUAGAUUGAUGCUUUGCUAUUUUUCUGAGUAAAAAUAAGGGUAUGUGGUUUACUUCAGUUAUGUCUCAGAGAUGACUAAUGGUUUUUUUUUUGUUCUUUUUAUUAUCUUUUUUUUUUUUUUUUACCUCAAGUUGUUACAAUAUUGUAGUGCAAUUAAUCUUGCACUAUAGUAAAGUGCAGAAUGCCAAAAUGUUUAAUCUCUUCUUUUAGGGCAAAGUGAGCACAUAACAAGUCAUAUGCAAAGAAUAUUGUUAUUGUAUUACCAUUUGUGUGCUUGAACUUAAACCCAUGUGCAAAAGGGUUCUACAAAUAUAGGGUCUUGAAAUUAAGGUGUACUUUUCUAUAUCCUUAAAAAAAAAAAAAAAAAAAAAAAUUUUUGCAUAUUGAUGUCUUUUGAAGUUUUGUUACACAAUUAAUUGAUUAUUGGGUAGAUAUGGUGAAUGGUAAAAGCAAAACUAAUGUAUGUAUUCAUGAAUGGGAGGCAAUAAACUGGUACACCAACAGUAGGAGAACGUAAUGCAGCACAUAUGCUUAGCUAAUCCUGACCAAUAAUUACACAGGAUCUCCUUUGACAGUUUUUUUUUUGUUUGUUUGUUUUUUACCCCAAGAAAUUACUUCUGUUGAAGUUGGAGCAGUAUAGUCAGUUUUUUUUAAAGAUUGAUACAUAAAUUCAUUUUGAGCCUGCUGCAGUUUUUUAAAUUAGAUUUGCCACUGUUAAUUGUGGUAUGUCUGUGAUGAACAUACUAAAACAGUUUUUUGUUCUGAGCCUGUUAAGCCAUUUGAGUUUUUUUUUUUUUUUUUUUUUUUUUUACCCCAGUGUAACGCAAAUCCUUUAUCUGCUAGCACGUACAUUACUGAACAAUAGCCAAUGUUUCAGGACAAACUUGCAGAUCGUUCAUUUAAUAGUCCUUUAAGCUUGUAUAGAUAAAGUGCCUCGUCAUCCUCCUACAAACAGUAUAUCCCUUGUAUUCUGAAUGCAUUAUGGAAUUAAAACCGGUGUAAGAUGUGUAACAGUAUUAUAUAUUUUUUUUAUUAUUGUUUACAAAAUGUAAUUGCUUUUUAUUGUAAAAGGGAUUUUCUUUCUAUGUUUUACAUAGUGUUUUUUUUUUGUAAAUUAAAGUAGCUUCUCUGGG